AGUACACGCACUUUACAUUUCAUCUCUCUCUCUCUCUCUCACUUUCUCUGUUUACUAGCACAAUGGCUUCGCUUCUUUUUCUUUUCACAAUUAUAAAUUCUUAUUGCCAAGCCUUUUUGUCCCCUCUUCUUUAGUCAUUAGAGGAGGUUUAUGGAAUUCUUUUGGCAUGAGUUGAUGGGAAGUAUGACGAGGACAGAGUGAGACUCGGGCAAGGAUUUCUCUUUCUGAAAUUUAUAGGUUCAGAUUUCAUGAGUGACUAGUGAAGUAAUUAUGUGACGCUUUGCCUAUGGUGGUGUUGUGCUACGUUGUCGUCGUCGAUGCUUAGGUAAUGGUUGGUUGUUGGUGAAAAUGAAUUUUGUGGCGUUAGAGUUUGUGUAGCAAGUGUUGGAAGUUGGUGAAGCAAUGGACUUGGUGGUACCCAUACACAGUUUUGUUCUUAUAAACAUUUCCACUGUGAAAGCUAUAACACUGGUUCUGCAUUCAAUUUGGUGAGAGUAUAUAAUAUGGCCUGCAAAACCCGCUUAUUUGGUCUGUCUAAUGAUAUUGGGGUUAUUGAGUUUAGAAAACCCAAGGGUCUUUGGUCUAGAAAGCAUUUGGGCAAUUGCAUGUUUGCUGUUUCAAUAUAUGAAAAUUCUGGUUUGAAAGGUAAUCUGCAACAUUUUGAAAGAUUCCCGAAAGGAGCAUUAAAUAGGGUGGAAUCCUUGCCAAAUGGGGUCAAUGCUUCCCUGAAUUCUGAGGAGUCUGAGAUUCACCAUCUCCGCCAGUUGAUUAAAAAUGGGGAAUUGGAGGAAGGUUUUAAUUUUCUUGAGUAUAUGACAAACAAAGGCAAUAUCCCUGAUGUCAUUUCUUGCACUGCUUUAAUCCGUGAGUUUUGCAAGAUUGGCAGGACUAAGAAUGCUACUCAAAUCAUGGGAAUUCUGGAAGAGUCUGGAGCUGUUAUUGAUGUAACCAGUUACAAUGUUUUGAUUAGUGGUUAUUGCAAAUCAGGUGAGAUAGAGGAAGCCUUGUGGGUUUUGGAUCACAUGACUGUUGCUCCAAAUGCUGCUACAUAUGAUAUAGUUUUGUGUAGUUUGUGUGAUACAGGGAAAUUGAAGCAAGCCAUGGAAGUAUUUGACAGACAGCUGCAAAGCAAGUGUUACCCAGAUGUGGUUACUUGCACUGUAUUGAUUGAUGCAGCUUGUAAAGAAAGUGGAGUUGCUCAGGCAAUGAAGUUGUUCAAUGAGAUGAGGAGAAAAGGAUGCAAACCUGAUGUGGUUACAUAUAAUGUUCUUAUAAAAGGGAUUUGCAAUGAAGGUAGAUUGGAUGAAGCAAUUAGAUUUCUAAAGAAAUUGCCAUCCUAUGGUUGUCCGCCUGAUGUGAUUUCCCAUAACAUUAUCUUGCGUAGCUUGUGUAGCAGUGGAAGAUGGAUGGAUGCUAUGAAGCUAUUGGCUAGCAUGCUUCGUAAGGGGUGUGCUCCCAGUGUUGUUACUUUCAACAUCUUGAUCAAUUUCUUGUGCCAGAAAGGCUUGCUAGGUAAAGCCCUUAAUGUCUUGGAGAUGAUGUCAAAUCAUGGUCUUACUCCUAAUUCCAGGAGUUACAAUCCAUUGAUUCAAGGCUUUUGUAGCGAAAGAGGUAUUAAUAAAGCAAUUGAAUACUUGGAAAGAAUGGUAUCUAGGGGUUAUUACCCCGAUAUAGUGACCUAUAAUAUUCUGCUAACUGCAUUAUGUAAAGAUGGAAAGGUGGAUGAUGCAGUUGAGAUUCUGAACCAACUAAAUUCCAAGGGGUUCUCUCCUGUUCUAAUUACUUAUAAUACAGUGAUUGAUGGGCUUUUGAAGGCUGAAGAAAUAGAGCGAGCUGUGGAACUAUUUGAAGAGAUGUGCAGAAAAGGUCUUGAACCAGAUAUAAUUACUUACAAUAUAAUAAUUGAUGGGCUUUUAAAGGUGGGGAAAACCAAGCUUGCUGUAGAGCUCUUGGAAGAGAUGUGCAAUAAGGGUCUUAAGCCUGAUCUAAUUACAUGCACUUCUGUAGCAGGGGGCCUAUGUCGUGAAGGAAAGGUUCAUGAAGCAAUAGAAUUUUUCCAUUACAUGAAAGUGUUUGGUAUUAGACCCAAUGCAUUCAUUUAUAACUCAAUAAUGAUGGGACUGUGUAAAACUCAACAAACCAGUCGUGCCAUUGAUUUUCUUGCUUAUAUGGUUAAAGAAGGAUGUAAACCUACUGUGGCUACCUAUACUAUUCUUGUAAAAGGCAUUAUUUAUGAAGGAUUAGCUGAGGAAGCUUUCAAGUUGUUGAAUGAAUUGUACUCCAGAGGACUUGUGAAGAAAAAUUUGGUUGAGGAAGUCAGUCAAGAAGUAAAAUUAAACUGCAACAACAGCAGCCAAAUCUAACCUCGUUAGGUUGGGUCGGAUACUUGGCUAUAUGGUUUGGUUGAUCCCUGUUCGAUUAUAUCAAGAACCAAAUUUCCAAUAAAACCAGUAUAGUGUGAUAUUUCUAUAAUGCAUUUUUGCAUUGUACUAUUAAAUAUGCACUUAGAUUUUGUUGCCCCGCCAUUUUAGUGGCCACUAGUCAUUUGGUUUAGAUUAUAGAUUUUCAAUUUUGAGGGAGAGCAGAUGAAGUUUAUGUCAAUUUUGUAAGUAGGAAACUGUAAUUUUAUCCCAACAUAUUUAAUUCUGAAGUAUAUUUCAUUCUA